UUCUUCCUUCCCUCCGCUUCUCCUUUCCCUCCGCCGAUCAAAAAGCAGAGCCACCCCACCACCACCUCCACCCACCGACGGCCACCUCCCGCUCUCCUCCUGGCUCUGCUCCUUCCACACCAGCAGGCCGCAGCGAUGCCGCCGCGCCGGGGCUAUAAACCCGGCCUCCGGCCGUAGCAGCCCAGCCUUCUGCUCCUACACCCCUAAUCGCAACCACAAUGGGCAACGCUGCGCUGCGUGGUCCGGCGGUGGAGGAGCGGCUGACGCAGCCGCGCCGCCUGGUCCGGCAGCUCUCCGACCUCGACCCCGACCGGCUCCGGCGGCUCAUCCGCUCCGGCGACCUCGCGCCGUGCUUCGACGCCGCCGACGAGGACGGCCGCGCCGUGGAGUGCCCCAUCUGCUUCCACUUCUACCCGAGCUUGAAUCGAUCCAAGUGCUGCGGCAAAGGGAUCUGCACAGAGUGCUUCCUGCAGCUGAUGCCGUCCAAGGCUUCCAGGGCUGUCCACUGCCCAUUCUGCAAAACCGCAGCCUACGCUGUCGAAUACCGCGGUGCUAGAACCUUGAGUGAGAAGAAACUUCAACGAGAAGUAAGCUUUCAGCCCAGAGAUUCUGAUCAACAUACAGCAUCAUACUACCUGAUAUUUGCCAGCAAAACUUUUAUUCUGAAUUUCUUACAGGAAGAACAGAGCGUUCAUGAGGGUGCGACGAGAAUACAUUCCAAGAACGCCGGUCGACAUAUCCUACUACCAUAGGAGUCGCAAUCCCGAUUUUGCCACGCUAAAAGCUCGAAAACCGAACUGUUGAUUUUUCUGACCCUUUGAGAGAGAUUUCAUUGCUGCCUUGACAGUACCUGAAAUGUUUCAGAUGUUAUUUGUCUGCAUAAUUUUUAGACAAUGGAAAGAACUGUUUUAGAUAUA